CCCCCCGGUUAUUGGUACAGCCCUACUUGAUGGGAUGACGUCACCGCAUCAAUACGGAAGUGGGUGCAGAUGCGGCGGUUAGGUGAAAGUGCUUUUCCUCGACUGAGCGCCUUCACGUUUGUAGAAUCUAUUAAACCAUGCCGGAUGAGUUGGUGUAUUUGGGAUUUCUUGCUGCCUGUAUACCCGUAGGGUUCCUCUUCCGUCACCUCAGUCCAUCCUCUAAGCAGGGAUUAGCCUUUCUCUUGGGACUCCUCACCACCCUCGCCUCCUGCCAGAUCCACACGCUCCACUCCCUGGUGACUGUGAUCGGAACAUGGAUCAUCAUAAAGAGCAGCGGGAGGCUCGCCCCGGCUCUGAGUCUCAGCUGGACCUUUCUUUAUCUCCUGUUUUUCCGUCUGUCCACCUGGUUUGAUUUGCCCAAACCAACCCCGUUCGCCAACGCCAUCCAGCUGAUCCUCACACUCAAGAUGGUGAGUUUAGCCAAUGAGGUGCGCAGCUUCCACAUGGAGAAGAAAAAAGACGUCAGCUCUUUUUCCAAGUCGUCUGUCGUCGGGGGUCUGUCCCAGGAGCCCUCCCUCUACGAUGUCCUGUCCUACAGCUACUGUUACAUGGGUAUAAUGACCGGGCCGUUCUUCCGCUUCCAAACGUUCAUGGACUGGCUGAAGCAGCCGAACCCGCAGGCUCUGCCCGGCUGGGAGCCCUGUGUGCAGCGCCUCAAGCUGGUCCCCGUCUACGGCGCUCUCUUCCUGGGCUUCAACUAUUAUUUUCCUUUGGCCUACGUCCGCACCGAAGACUUCCUGGAAGAAAACGUUUUCUACAGGAUGUUCUACAUGGUUGCCGUCUUUUUUGUGUUCCGGAUGCGUUUCUUUGCUGCAUGGUGUGGAGCUGAGGCCGGAUGCAUCACCGCAGGUCUGGGCUGCUAUGCAGAAAAGGCACUUUCCAAACCUGGAGGAGGACCGACUGUCAACUACAGUCCUGACCCCAACACUGAAGAGAAAUACGACUUCAAAACUAUCCAGAACAUCGACUGCUACAACACCGACUUCUGCGUGAAGGUCCGGCACGGCAUGCGUUACUGGAACAUGACGGUGCAGUGGUGGCUGCAUCAUUACAUCUACCCCAAUGCCCCCUUCAAAUCCUACACUUUAAGGGCCGGCUGGACCAUGCUGAUCAGUGCAUACUGGCACGGCCUGCACCCCGGCUACUACCUCUCCUUCCUCACCAUCCCCCUGUGCAUAGCCGCAGAGUCCGCCAUGGAGGCCUCCGUCCGAUCAAAGCUCGGUCCCGGCGGGCAGAACAUCUUCGACUGGGUCCACUGGUUCCUGAAGAUGAGGGCCUACGACUACAUGUGCAUGGGAUUCGUGCUGCUGAGCGCCUCCGACACCGUCAACUACUGGAUGUCCAUCUACUUUAUCAUCCACAUCAUCGCCGUCUCCUGCAUAGUAGUGGGGAGGGCCUUAGGGGGAGGGAAGCGAGAAGGCAGGAGAGGAGACGGAGAGAAGAGGGGAAAAAAUGAAGACAAAGUGGAUUGAAUAACCUUAUUUUUGGGACAGAAAAAGUUUUGUUUUGACAAAAAAAAAAUUCAGGGUCAUAUUUUAUGUGAAAAAAAGUGUUACUUUUAAAUCCAAGUGAAAUUUCAUCAUUGAUAAAUUUAUGUUUUAUGAGGUCAACGAAUGUUUGGAAGGGUAAUUUUUAAAGCUUUUGAAGAUGAAGACACAGAAUAAACUGUUAAAUUUAGGCUGUUUUAAGUUCAACACAAAAUCUUAAACAUACUGUAACUUUUCAACCGUUAACGUGAUCAUUCUAGCAGAUUUUGAAGUAGAAAAGCGCAGCUUUUCUACUUCAAAAUCUGCUGGAAUGAUCACGUUAACGGUUGAAAAGAUACAGUAAAUCAAAGAACAUAAAAAGUUUUCAAUUUUUAAUCCCAAGAAUCCCUUAGAAUAUCACAUUGUGUCGACCGACCCCCCCUUUGUGUUCCUGUCAGUGAUUGUAAGCACUUCCCAUCAAACCGGGACUAACAUGGAUCCAGUCGCUCACUGCCCACAUGACUCCACUGCCAUCGUGUGACGCCACAGGAGAGGGACCAACAUCGAUAAAAGCUUUUAUGCCAUCGCUGUAAGCUGCCAGCGCUUGUUGUGAGUCAGCUUUAGUAUUAAGAAGAAAAAAUAUCUGUCUGAAACUGAUUUUAGAGUUUCAGUCAUUUGCUUUGUUUAUGAUGAAUGACUUUAUUUAACAUUUAUCAGUUAAUUUCUUAAAAUAAAUUGUUAAAAAUAUUUACUGUUAUUUUUUUUUUUACUUAAAUUGUUCUCUUUUUGAUGUGUUUAUCAGAUAAUUUCCUGUCUGCUUUUGUUAUCUAUAUUCAGACAAAAAAAUGUUUAAAAUUUGAAUUUUUAUCUAAAACCCUGACUGUCCGCUGUGAUUUCUAUAUUGUGCCUGGGCUGAUGGCUGCACAUUUGUGUCGUUUUUAUCCCCCUGCCUUUUGUUUUUUUUGAGUGUUUUUGGUUCAUUUUCACACUUGUGCUGUAACUCUUUCUGCUUUGUGACGUUGUUACUCGCAGAAUAAAUAAAUGUCAUCAGAAUUUCCUU